AUGACAACGAUAAAUGGCGUGCCGGUGGUGUUGCCAGCGCCGGAUGGCUACGUGGUCGACUUUGAUAACCCCCAGAGGACUGGCGUGCCCGACGUCUACUUCAUCGCAGGCUUUGGAGGCGCCCUCUCGCUUCUCUUUUUCGGCCAGCGGAUGUAUGUGAAGCUGUUCCUGGCUGGUGGGGUCCAGCUGGAUGACAGUAUGUUUCUCACUUCUGCUUUUUCUUGGUUCUGGAGCUCGAGGCUGACUUGGCUAUUAGUUUUGCUCAUAUUAUCGGUGCUGAUGGUCUUCGCCACGUCUGGGUUUACGCUGCAUAUGUUUGCAAACGGAAUCGGAGGCGUCCACGCCUGGGAAAUAUCAAUCACAGAUUACAACAGAUUCCUAUUAGAUACGUAUAUCGCCGCCUUCCUCUACCCCAUCUGCGGCUCGUUUGCGAAGUUAUCUCUUCUGGUCUUCUAUCUCCAACUCUCCCCGCAGAAGUGGUUUAAAAUGGCCACCUGGGCUACGAUUGCCAUCAUUAUCGGAUAUACCAUCGGAAUCAACCUGCCGCUUAUUUUCGCCUGCCAACCGAUUCAAAAAAGCUGGGACGCUACGAUCACUCAUGGUCAUUGCUUGAAUCUACCAAGCCUCUAUAUUGCCACAGCCGUUGCGAACAUCGUCAGCGAUGUCAUCCUCUUUAUCUUGCCUUUACCGAUGGUUGUGGGGCUUCAUAUACCGCGACGACAGAAAAUUGGUCUUGUUAUCAUCUUCGGUAUUGGGUCGUUGACUGUCAUAACAUCGGUUGUUCGCGUUGCCUUGUUGCCACAGAUGCUUGGUAAUCCAGAUGGCCCUUGGAUGGUUGGAGUUGUCAGCGUGUGGACCCAAGUCGAAGGUUACCUUAUCAUCAUGUGUGCCUCUCUCCCAACAUUCCGAAAGUUCAUUCGCCACGUCGCCCCCAAACUCCUUGGCGAGUCUCGAUACGGCAGCAAAACCAAGACCAACGAAAACUCGCACCCGCCGAGCCGUACGCUUGUUCCUAAUUCCCAGUCUCGCCGCGACCGACAUCAAUACUCCCAAUUUGACCCCGAAGAGGGCCAUGUCACUACUGAAACCUUUGUCAUGGGUCCUGUGAGUUCGAAGAACAAGGGAAAGGGAAGGGGCCCAGAUCAGAUUGACGGCUGGGCAGACAGCGACUCCGAGAGGGCCAUUGUUGCCACUCCUCCAGGAUCUAACGGAAUUGCCCGCACCACCGUGGUUACUGUCGAGGUUGAGCAUCGAAGCAGCAACGAGGGGAGUAAGCCAUAA